AUGCCUUCCCAUCUGAAACUUUCAUGGAAUAAGGCGAAGAAGAUUUGUGAGAAACUCGGGGGAGAACUGGCCUACUUCGACACUGAAGAAGAAUAUUCGCUUUACAAGGAAAGUUUGAACAUACUUGCUCAAGAGAACCUCGGAAAAUACCGUUUUGAGUGGCUUGGUAUUGAGAGAAAAAAUGAUAAAUUCAUCAAUUUGGACGGACAACAGAUUUCAGCGAGUUUCACCCCCGAAAAUUUCAACAUCUGGGCUCCAGAAGAACCAAAUAAUCAGAGGGGAAGAGAAAACUGUGUUGGAAUCGAUGGGCUUCAUAUUUACAACAUCCCAAAUCCAGGGCCGUUCAUGGAUUCCGAGAUUCAUUUGACAAACAGAUGGGUUGACCGAAAAUGCAAUGAAAAACGUCAAUUUACCUGCAAAUUCAAGAAUGCUCUUUACUGCUAG